UUUUCUUGUGUAUUUAAAGUUUUGAUGAAAACAACAAUAAUUAUUUAUUGAUAUAAAGGUUGUUUUGUUUUUCUUUUCUUCGUCUUCAUCUUCCUCCUGAUUUUCCAUUCUUCUUCUGUUCUUUAUGGCGUGUUAACGCUUCUAUCUGUUACUCCUGGCUUUAUUGUGUGUGUGUUAUGUUUUAUACUUCUAGGCUACCACACAAUUGACCAGUUGGCUGUGACGCCGAUAUAAACGCUUCCUUCCUGAGCCCGUGCCGCCGUCAGGAAAAGAGUUUCCAGCCGCGCUGCAGUUUGGCCUGCUGCUCCUUCUCAGUGUGCCUUUUUAUGACCUAUAACAAAUUUAUAUUUUGAAUAGAAGAGUAGACUGCUGCGGCAAAUCAAAUCCUGGCUUCUUUAGAGAGUGGACACAUAUAGGAGGCUCGGGCCGUGACCUUAUCAACAAGGACACACAGAGAGACAGAGAGAGAGAGAAGGAAACAAAAGACAAGCGGAGAGACUCGUCCGUUUCUCUGCUCUUCGCGUCUCAUUCUCCAACAGACAACCAACAACCAGAGCCCACUUUCUUGAAUGUGGUGGGUGAGAUGAACUCCAGUGGGAAUAUUGUAGACCCCACCUGACAGCUUUCUGCCUGAACAACUCAAAGCUUUCCUCCGGAGCAGCCAGAGGACCAGAGUCACUGAAGUAGUUUCACAUCAUUCUGUUAUUUUACUGUAAUGCUCGUUACUGGAUGAAACGGUGGUGCACAGCUGUCGACAGGUUAACAGAGUGACUUGUUUAAAGUGGAAAACAGAACCCGAAGAAAUGGAGAUUCAUAUUAUAUUUGUCAUCAUUCCUGAGACGACUGAAUAAUAAUUCCCAGCUCUUUAAAAAAAAAACAAAAACAAAAAAACCCAGCCUGUCCUGAUCCAAGGAAUCACACAUUUCCACCCCUUUUCCCUCUGACCCACUAAUUCAGAACCUUCCCGUCGACGUCCAGUAGUGACUUUUUUCGUCCCAGAGUUCAGCCUGGCCGGCACAACCAUUCCAGCUAAGGGGGAGGAGGACUUCCUCACACUGGCCGCUUCACGGCUCAGCCGCAAGAAACGUGUCAUCGGGGCUGGAGUCGGUGUGGCCAUGGUUCUGGUCCUGCUGGUGGCCAUUCCCCUAUUGGUCCACACCACCAAAGGGGGUGGGUCUGGAGGAGGGGGCAACCAUUACGAAAUGCUAGGAAGCUGCAAAAUGGUGUGUGACACUUUCACCCCCCCACAGGGGGAGCUGUCAGUUGUGUCCCCUCAGCCCCCAGACUUCCCAAACCGCAAGGGGAAACCAGGCUUUAGAGGAAGCCCUGGACUUCCUGGUCCUCCAGGCCCAAGAGGACCUCCUGGAGAGCCCGGUAAGCCUGGUCCACCUGGUCCCCCGGGGCCUGGACCUGGUGGCUACGGCUCCUCUUUCUACAGCCCCAAAAUUGCCUUCUACGCGGGCCUCCGCAAACAACACGAAGGGAGUGAAAUACUUAAGUUUGAUGAUGUGGUGACCAACGUGGGGAACUACUACGAGCCCAGCACUGGCAAGUUCACCUGCCCACUGCCAGGUAUCUACUACUUCACCUACCACGUCCUGAUGAGAGGUGGCGAUGGAACCAGCAUGUGGGCGGACCUGAAGAAGAACGGUCAGGUUCGAGCCAGUGCAAUCGCUCAGGAUGCAGAUCAGAACUACGACUAUGCCUCCAACAGUGUCAUCUUGCACCUGGAUGUGGGUGACGAGGUGUGUGUGCAGCUGGACGGGGGCAAAGUCCACGGGGGCAACACCAAUAAAUACAGCACCUUCUCUGGCUUCCUCAUCUACCCCGAUUGAGAGAACGCUAACGUUUCACGUACUCUGCCUCUAUUUUCUAUUCCAGACUACAGUCCCCCCCCCACACACCCUUCAGCCGACCCCCCAGCAUGACAUACAUCUAGAAUGAAAUUUCUCAUUUCACUGCUGUUCAAUAGACAAAACAUAAAAUAACAGAACAACCACCGAUAGAAAAUAGAGUUUAAAGAGAGAAUUGUGUAAAAUACAUAUAGUACUGUACAGUAUGUAGUAGCAGCGUACUUCUUUUAUUUCAGAUACACAUACUGUGUACUCUGUCCUGUGUGUGUGUUAGCAUGGCACAAAACACAACACAAUUAGCAUCUGUUUCUCAUGCACACAUUGUUAUGUACCGGCACACGCAGGUGUAAAUGCACCAAUUAAACUAAUCACACUGGUUUUCUACCAAUGAGAAGAGAGACGGUGCUUUAAAACGGACUAAGACCAUUUGAGCCCAAAUCAAAGUGUGUGUAUUUGGCUCCAGUCUCGCCUUUGUGCGAUGGUUUUUCAAUACGGACACAGAAACUAAAAGAAAAAAAAAAUGAACAUAUUGAUCCAAAGUGUUAAUGCUGCCAACACGUGAUCGUAAUCACUCUGGUUUUAGGGCUUGUGUGCAACAGUCUGCCUGUGUUUCCUCCUCACUUUGUGUUCAGGAUUUAAUCACGUCACUCCGCUGCCAGCCUAGAAUGUGCAGGUUCUAAGUCCUGUUGAGAUAAUGGUUGUCAGGUUGUCAAAGAAAGUCCCUUAACACACACACACACACAGACACACACACACAGCGUAUCAAUACUGAGGUUCAGCUUGGAGAUUUCCUCUGAGCCGGAGCUUAUGACAGAGCCUCAUCAUGUUCUACUAAUGAGCUGAGGAUUUUCUCUGUUCAGACACACAAACAUCGUGGAAACCUGCUCAGUUGCUUUCUUUGAAACAAGUUGAAGACUGUGGAUAUAAUGUUUCUGUUUGACAUUUAAAAAAGUGACUUGUUUUUGAUGCGUC